UUUAAUAUUGUUUAUUUUGUCGAAUAAAAAAGAUGUUUAUCUUAUUAUUAUUGCGAUAAAUAUCACCACCUGACUCACAAUCAGUGACAGAAUUGAUAAGACCGUAAUCCCGAACACCUGUCACGGAUUAAGGGAGAUUCCAGGUUCGAACUCCGGCUAAAGGAGAUAUUUUUCGCAAUAAAUUCUUUAUAGUAAUUUAACCCGUUGAGGUCACAUGGGGUCUAGUGGGACCCCAGGCUAACUUUGCGUCUACGUAUCUUCGAAGAGACGGUUUAGCAUGGAACUUGUGGCGCCAUUUGUUGUUGUUUGAAGGUACUACAAUAAGUUUCAAGGCUUAUCGAAAGUCAGCGUGGCGUCAGUGCGUCUGUAGACAUCGAUUUGUACGGACGGUUUUUUUUUUGGAGAUCCAGCAGACCCCAUGUGACCAUAGUGUGGCAAAAUCGGAAAAAAACGUGUGCUAAGAAAUUAAUUUUUUUUUCGUUAAAAUGUGAUUGACAACAUGCCAUAUAAUCUGCGAUCUCGAACGACUGCUGACUCCAAUUGUCAUUGUUUUGCACUACAAUGCAACAAAAGGAGGCACAGAUUGUUUCGACUGGCUGUGCCAUUCCCAUACGGCAUCAACAAGAGAUUACCAGCCAAAGAGUGCUUAGACAAAAUUUGUAUGCAUCUCGUCACGCCGUACUUGGAACGUCGCUUCGCGGAACCAAUAAUGCUUCGAUCCUAUUUACGUAUAGGCAUCGGUGAGAUUUUAGGCAAGACCCAAGAGCCAACUUCCGCAGAAAGAGUUGAGUUGCCGAGCAAAAAAAGAUGCGGCCUUUGCAAGCGAGGAAGCGACAGAAAGACAAAAUAUCAGUGCCCUUCUUGUCUACGACCCAUGUGCGACGAACAUCGGACGAAUUUCUGCACUGACUGCGCUGGUCAAGAGUAGUUUUUCA